AUGCAAGAGAAAACUUACCUUAAAGUUGUCCUUCUAGGAAAAGUCAACAGUGGAAAGACUUGCCUUGUUACUCGAUACAUAACGCGAUCUUUCAGUGAGGAAACUCCCAGCGUGAGUACAGUUAAGCUUACUUUAUCACUUUGAGCUCAGAGUGUAGAUCGCCUCAGAAAUAAAAGAGAACAAACGUUUAAAUUCAAUCGCACUUAACAGACUCAAAAGUUAAGCUUGCAAGAUGCAAUCUGGGAUUAGGUAUCACGCCAUUUUUUAGAUUUUUCAUGUAAAAAUUAUUAAGCUUAACAUUACAGCAACCCUGUGUAAAGUAUAGAACAGAAAAACACUGCAAAUUGUUUUUGAUAAAAUGUCUCUUCUAAUGGUGCAUGGUAAGGCGAAUGUGUUCUCAAAUUUGUAGUAUUGUAUAUCUGCGAAAUCUAUGUUUUUCCUUUAAUGGAUUUUAUCAUCAAGAAAGUAUUAAAAUUUAUAGAUAGUGUAGACUCAAAUUGCGAUGCAUGACCACCUGUAUAGUUGGAAUAACAUUUUAACUUUCAAAUUAAUUGAUUGAAACUGAAAAUGGAAGAAUGUAAUUAUUACACUCUGUCUUUUACAUUCUACAUAACCUUAUCUUGUUUUUAUAAUUCGGUGUAAUGUGAAAGAGAACAGGCUUUCAGAAUAUAUCAACCAGAUCGAAGACCUCACAAACUAUGUUGAAUAGAAAUUGGAGACUUUCCAAUGUGAAUCGAAAAGAAAAAAAAUUGCUAAUGUACAUAAAAAUACAUAAAUUACUGCAGUAUUAAUGAGGUAAGGUAACAAUAGUUCUAUUUUGUUAAAAGUCCAAUAUGAUGUGAUAAUAUUUUGAAAUUUGUUGUCAUUUUGGACCUGUUUAAUUUGGCUUAAUGCACUACUUUACAAUCCCAGUUUCACCACGUGCUUUAGGGCCUGAGGUGAAGAAAUGUUGCCCACUAUAUGAGACAUUGCUUUUGAUACAUGUAUAUUUAUCCAAUGGUGCGGUUUUGUACUAAUAAUAUUAUUACAGUUGAACAUCUCCACAUUGGCCCCCUUGGGGAGAAAGAAAAGUGGCCAUUGCAGAGAGGUGGCCCUUAUGGGGAGGUUAGGGUGUACUAUGGCACAUGUUGAUUUUUUGGGAAGGUGACUUUCUCUCGCACACUUGUAUACGCCUGAUAAAAAUCACCAAAAUUAGCUACUACUACACAUAGUCUAGAAACAAAUGAGCAAAAUAAAAAUGUUCUUAACUGACUUUAAGCCUAAGGUACGUUCUAAGAAUGUUAUAAAAAGGUUCUUAUAAAAAAAUACUGUAUUUGCAUUAAUAUAUCUUAAAUGAUUUGAAAGACUUGUGCCUUGAAUAAUCAUCGACACGCUAUACAGAGAAAAAAUUCCAUGACUAUUCUUGACUUUUUUGUCGGCCGCUGACAAUUGGGGACACGCUUUAUAUUUUAGUGGCCAUUUCCCUUGUAUAGAGGUGGCCAUUGGAAAGAGGUUUAAACUAGAAUCAAUGUAUGGACUGCCUGCUAGGACAAGAAAAAGUGACCAUUGUUAUAGAGAGGCGGCCAUUAGUGGAGAUUUUACUAUGUGCGUUGUACUCACUAUCUGUCUUUUCUUUGGCUAAGAGCCUUAGUACAAAUCAACACAACUUACAGAUUACUUAGUCAGUUAUCUACCAGCAGAUUACUGACUAAUCUGUAGGUUGCAUGCUCAAUGAAACACUGUGAAUUCUGAAAGCCCCACAAAAUAUAAGAAAUAAUAAACAUUCCUGCCCUAAAAUAGUGUACUCUCACCGGCAGUACACAAUAUCACACAAAUAUCAUGUAAAUAAAGUGCAAAUUAAACAUGUAAGUUGGCCAAAAAGGUAACAUUCUGGAAAGCCGGCAUGCCAACAAAAUAUAUCAAUUUGUCAAAAUUGUCUCAUGUAUUCACUACUGUGUAUGACAGUUUUGCAAAUUAAGUGCCAAGACCCCUUAAUUUCAUUAUGCUCUGAAAAUAACUUGGUGCCUAGCAAAUUUUCCACAUUUGGAGUUUGUUUACUCUUAUAAUUAAGCAAACCUUUUCAACAAAAUGUUCUUCAUGGUUCACAAUCCUUUUUAAGUGCUUUGUGAAAUGCAAAAAGUGCAUCACAAAAUUUUGCUUUUAGGAGGUGUCAGCAGUGGGAAAACAUGUCUUGUUAUCCGAUAUAUUUGGGGCUUUUUUACAGAAGAGAUUCCCAGUGUGAGUACUGAUCCUCAUUCCAUGCAUAUUUUUAGGACUAGUUUUCCCCAGUUUAAAAAAUGAGGUGAAGAUGUACAUCAUUAUGAACUAUUUUUCCAGCAAAUGAUAAGGCAACAUUUUAGAUGAAAUUCACAGUAAAUUUUUUUGAAAAUAAAUAUUCAUUGACAUAAUAUUUUCAAACCAGUCUUUCAUGGUAAAUCAUAAUUUCAGGUUAAGGUAUUUUAAAUUUUAUCAUAGUUAAUUCAUAAUCUUAGCAUGAUUAAUAAUUCAAGUUUUAAACAUUAGUUUUGUAUUAUAGUUUCUGCCUUAAUUUUACCCGUGACUGUCGGAUAUCUGUAAACAAACUGUAUCAUGGCUAAGCAUGUUCACCAUGUAAAAUAAAGUGUCCAUGUCUAUUGUAAUGAUUUUCAUUGUUGACAGGUUUUGAAAUAGUUAUCAGUGAGUUUCUGAACUUAUAAGCUGGUAUUUUUGUAUCUCAGGUAACCUGUAUGUUGUACAGGUGUAUGUGCAUAUUGCACAUCUGAUAGAUAUGAGUUAGAAGUAAAGAAUUAAUAUGAAUUAUGAAUUGCAUUAAGUGUAAUUUAAAUAUUUCAGUCAUGGGUAUGUGACUACUGCAUGCAAUAAUCAUACCUAACACAGAAAUUUUAUAUUAUCAGUGUUCUUACCAGGAUUUUCUACACUGGGGUCCACAGGACCCAUAGAGAAGGUAAAAGGGUGUCAUAAGGGAGAAAAGCGGGUCACAAUUAUUUUUAGAUAAAGUUAACUCAACAAUUUCACAGGUCUGAAUUAGAGUGAAUACAGCAGUACCUCAUACUUUCUUAGAUAAUGAUGAGUGUUUUCUAAAGAGGCCAUAACCAAUAAAUAUUAUUAUAUUUUGGCUUAUAUUAUAAGAAAACUUUUAUUUCAGAUCUUUACUUUAUAUUGUUGACAAACGUGUAAAGAAUGCAAUUCUUACCUUUUUACCACCAAGUUUGUUUUACCUAUUCACAAAUGCUUGGAUGAAAGGAAACAAAACUGACAUUACAUGUAUUCUGUUAAACAAAAGUAGAAACACUCAUGUUUGGUUUAUCUUUUCUUGGCAUGUUGAAGUUAAUGUAACAUUAAAAAUUUUUCACCUGUUGUUUAUUUAUUUAUUUAUUUAUUUUUGCAGACAAUUGGAGCAGCCUUUUGUAGGAAAGAUCUUUACAUUCAAGGGAGAAACUUAUCCCUUGCAAUAUGGGUAGGUUUUUUUUUAUUGCUGUAGCAGUUUGAUUUUGUACUCUUAGCCAGGCAAAUUUAAAUACAAUUAUCCUCUGUUUUGUUAUAUUGUCAUUUUAGGACACAGCUGGGGCAGAAAGAUAUCAAGCCAUGAGUGCAAUGUAUUAUCGCAGUGCAAGGGCUGCAAUCAUCUGCUUUGGUUUGUAA